GUUUAGAGUCUGCUAGCAGUUAGCCAGUUAGCUUCCUCCGUCAUGGCGGAACUGAACCGACAGCUGCAGGAGUACCUGUCCCAGUCUAAAGGCGGCGGAGCCCGGACCAUCUCCCAGUCCAGCUCCAGCACCACGGUGGACCUGGACGAUCCGGAGUCGGUACCAGGCAGCUGGUUCGGCCGGUGGUCGAGCCGCUGGUCCGGGUCCAGCAACUCCGGCCAGAGCUCCGGUGGAAACAGCGGCUUUUCCUGGCCGUGGUCGGCCGAGCCGGACCCCUGCCUGCCGGGCAUGAGCCGCCGCCAACGGCUUGUGGCUUUCGCCGUGUGCGCGUCCUUCUCCGCGCUGUGCUUCGGACUGUCUGCGCUUUACGCGCCGCUGCUGCUUCUCUACGCGCGCAAGUUCGCGCUGCUGUGGUCUCUGGGUUCUCUGUUCGCCAUCGCAGCCGCGGGGGUCCUUCGCGGGCCCAGCAGACUCGCCUCCGGGCUGCACAAGUCCCCCGGAGCCGCGGUGUACCUGUGCGCCCUGGCCGGGACCCUUUACGCGGCGCUGAGCCUCCACAGCACCGUGCUGACGGCGCUGGGAGCUGCCCUACAGGUGGCCGUGAUCUUCGGCUACGUGGUGUCUCUGCUGCCCGGUGGCAGCGCCGGGAUCCGGUUCAUGGGCGGCAUGGCGGCGUCCGCCAUCAAGAGGACAGUUACCGGGAAAACUAUGCCGAUCUGACCGGGGAUGGAGCGCCACAGAGCGGACACGUUGAACAGACUGUCGGGGAGUGGGGACACAAGGGGACCAGGCGACUAGUGUCUUCUCUCCUGUGGGACAGGAAACUGAAGAUCUUUGAGUUGAGGACAAAAUAAGAUCUUUGACACACGCACACAUACAGACACAGACAGACACAGACACACACACACACACACACACACACACA